AUGGAGGGGCUUGGGGGAGCGCCCCGGUUCCUGGCCUACCCGCGCACGUUCACGGUGCAAACCGGUGCUGACGCAGUCCUGAAGUGCCAGAUCGCGGGUGAGCCCCGGCCCAGCAUCCUCUGGGAGAAGGACCGGACGCCCAUCGAGCCCUCGGGCCGCUUCCAUGUGGAGGCCAGGGGCAACGUGUACAGCCUGCUGGUGUCCCGAGUGACCCCAGAGGACAGCGGGCUCUAUGUCUGCAAGGCCAAGAACAAUGUUGGCGAGACCUACGCCGCUGCCACGCUCAGAGUGGAAGCCGGGGAGCCCUCGGAGGAGGGGGACCCUGAGAACAAGCCGCCCGUCUUCCUGGUCAGGCCUUCGUCCAUGCGGGUGUGCCGAGGGGAGGACGUGACAUUCACAUGCAGGGUGGCAGGGCGGCCCUGCCUGGCGCUGCACUGGGAGAAGGACGGGCACAAGCUCUCCGACCUCUUUGAGAGCAGCCACUUCUCGGUGGGCAGGGAGCCUGAGGACUGGCACUUCCUGAAGCUCUUCAGCGCGCGGCCCCCGGACAGCGGGGUCUACGUGUGCCGGGCGCGGAGCGGCUCCCAGGAGGCCCUGGCUGCGGCCGUGCUGCUGGUGGAGCCGCUGGAGCCGGGGCGGCUGGAGGAGCAACCCCAGGGGUGCCCCAGGAACGGCCCGGGGCAGGCGCCCCGGCGGGCGGCGCGGAGCGGCGUGCCCGAGGCCUGGGCGCUGCCCCACGGCGAGGUGCCCACCGGCGUGCCGGGCGCCAAGGCCUUCGCCGUCAGCGCGGGGAAACACGCCAAGUUUCGCUGCUACGUGACUGGUAAGCCCAAGCCUGAGAUCGUCUGGAAGAAGGACGGGAAGCCCGUCGGCCCCGGGCGCCGGCACCUCAUCUACGAGGACAGGGAGGGCUACUUCAUCCUCAAGGUGCUGUACUGCAAGCCCCAGGACCAGGGGCUGUACAUCUGCACUGCCUCCAACACGGCCGGCCAGACCCUCAGCGCUGUGCAGCUCCACGUGAAGGAGCACCGCGUGCGCUUCCAGGUGCCGCUGGCGGAUGUGGAGGUGCAGGAGCGGGAGGACGCCGUGCUGGAGUGCCACGUCCCGCUGGAGAGCAUCCCCACCGCCUGGUACCUGGAGGACAAGGAGCUGCAGCCCAGCCACAAGUACGUCAUGGAGGAGCAAGGCGCGCUGCGGCGCCUGACCAUCCGCGACGCCCGCACCGACGACGAUGGCAUCUACCUCUGCCAGAUGAAGGACAAGGGCCGCAGCAUCGCUGAGGUCUCCGUGCGAGGGAUGAUCGUAAAGAGGUUGCCGCGGAAGCUGGACAUCAUGGAGGGGGAGAACGCGGCUUUCUGCGUGGAGACGCGGGAGGCGGUGGAGGGGAUCUGCUGGAACCGCAACGGGCAGGAGCUGCAGGAGUCGUCCCGCACGGUGCUGAAGAGCUUCGGCAGGACGCACCUCCUGGUACUGGUGCACGUCACCCGCGAGGAGGCGGGCGUCAUCUCCUUUGCCGUGGGCGAGUCUCAGACAUCCUCCCAGCUCCGCGUCAAGUGUGUGAAGCGCGACCCUCCGAGCAGCCCGGUGGCGGCCAGGAUGAGCACGGAGCACAGCAACGCGGCGCUGCUGACGUGGUGCCCCGCGCCCGACGUGCACCACCGCCCCGCCAGCAGCUACGUGCUGGAGCGGCAGGAGCUCAGCAGCAGCGAGUGGGUGCACUGCCUCACCACCGACCUGGCCAGCCUGGUGGAGGUGCUGGGCGACAGCGUGCCCUGCGAGGCCGACUACCGCUUCCGCGUCUGCGCCGUCAACAAGUACGGCAGGAGUGGGCCUGUGGAAUUCCCUGGCUCCGUGCAUCUCGUCCCAGCAGCUCGCCUGGAGAGAGGCCUGCAGGACGCGCGGGUGCGGGAUGGCGAGGAUGCCCACUUCUCCCUGGAGCUCUCUGCCUCAGUGCGGGGCGCCUGGUUCCUGAAUGGCACGAGGCUGGGCGACGACGAGGGGGCGAGCGGCCGGUACUGCGUGCAGCACUGCAAAACGGAGCACUCCCUGCUGAUCCGCGGAGCGCGGCGGGAGGAGAGCGGAGCCCAGGUCACCUUUGUGUCCGGCAGCAUUCGGGACUCAGCCACGCUACAGGUGCAAGCCCCGCAGGCGCACAUCGCCCCGGUGCCCGAGGCCCAGCGCCUCCGGAAGCAGCCGGCGGGUCUGCCCGUGCUCCUGGAGUGCGAGGUGUCCCCGCCGGGCGCCCCCGUCCGCUGGCUCAAGGACGGGGAGGCCGUGCCCCUGGACGACGUUAUUGCGGUGCAGGAGGAGGGCUGCGUGCGCAGGCUGCUCGUCCGCUCUGCCGGGCCCUCCGACAGUGGCAUAUACACGUGUGACGCUGGGGACGAAGCCGUGAGCUUCGUGGUGACGGUGACAGAGGCGCCGGUGCGGGUGGUCAGCUCCAACGAGGACGCCGCGCACGCCUACAUGGCCGGGCAGCGCGUGCUGCUCUGGUGCGAGCUGUCGCGCGCGGACGCCCCGGUGCGCUGGUACAGGGACGGGCUGGAGCUGGAGGCGAGCGAGAGCCUUGUGCUGGAGCGCGAGGGGCCGCGGUGCCGCCUGCUGCUGCCCUGCGCCCGGCCCCAGGACACGGCCGAGUUUGUCUGCGAUGCCGGUGGUGAUUCCGCCUUCUACAACAUCACGGUGGCAGAGGCGCCGGUGCGGGUGGUCGGCUCCAACGAGGACGCCGCGCACGCCUACACGGCCGGGCAGCGCGUGCUGCUCUGGUGCGAGCUGUCGCGUGCGGACGCCCCGGUGCGCUGGUACAGGGACGGGCUGGAGCUGGAGGCGAGCGAGAGCCUCGUGCUGGAGCGCGAGGGGCCGCGGUGCCGCCUGCUGCUGCCCUGCGCCCGGCCCCAGGACACGGCCGAGUUUGUCUGCGAUGCCGGUGGUGAUUCCGCCUUCUACAACAUCACGGUGGCAGAGGCGCCGGUGCGGGUGGUCGACUCCAACGAGGAGGCCGCGCACGCCUACACGGCCGGGCAGCGCGUGCUGCUCUGGUGCGAGCUGUCACAUGCAGACACCCCCGUGCACUGGUACAAGGACGGGCUGGAGCUGGAGGCGAGCGAGAGCCUYGUGCUGGAGCGCGAGGGGCCGCGGUGCCGCCUGCUGCUGCCCUGCGCCCGGCCCCAGGACACGGCCGAGUUCCUCUGCAAAGCGGGAGACGCUUCUGCCUCCUACAACAUCACGGUGGCAGAGCCACGCGUGAGGAUCCUGCAGCCGCCGCAGCGCUCGCUGGUGCUGCCAGUGCUAACGCUGGCACGUGUGGAGCUGCGGUGCGAACUCUCUGUGCCGGACGCUCCCGUGCGCUGGUUCAAGGACGGGCUGGAGGUGGAUGAGGGCGACAACCUGCUGUUGCUGGCGGAGGGGGCCCAGCGCUGCCUCGUCAUCCCGAAGGCCGGCGUGGAGGACGCGGGCGAGUACAUUUGUGAGAGCAGGGAUGAGGCUGUCUCCUUUGACGUCCAGGUGUCAGAGCUGCCCGUGAAGAUCCUGCAGCCGCGGAGACCUCCCCCGGUGGUGAAAGCCUCGCCGGGCGAGACGGUGACGCUGGCCUGCGAGCUGUCCCGUGCCGAUGCGCCCGUGCGCUGGGCCAAGGAGGGCGUCACGCUGGAGGCGGGCGGCAGCCUGGUGCUGGAGGAGGAGGGUGCCCAGCGGCGCCUGCUCAUCCCCGCCGCACGAGCGGAGCACUCUGGAAAAUACGUGUGCGACGCCGCCGAUGACGCGGUGACCUUCACUGUCCAAGUGUCAGACCCGCCAGUCAGGAUACUGGAGAGGGACGCUCUGCCCACCCGCCGGCACUGCCGAGCCCUGGAGGACCUGGUGCUGGAGGUGCAGCUCUCACAGGCCCACGGGGAGCUCAAGUGGUACAAGGAUGGGGAGAAGCUGCAGGACACGGGGCGCGUGCGGCUGGAGGAGAACGGCGCGCGCCGCUCGCUCGUCGUCCUGGGCGCCACGCGCAGGGAUGCCGGCGAGUAUCUCUGCGACACUGGUGAUGACAGUGUCAUCUUCUGUGUCACCGUGGAAGUACCUCCUUGCUACUGCAGUGACAGCCCUUCUCUCCGGCCCCCAGAGCCGCCGGUGACCAUCGUGGGGAACACGGGUGCCACGGAGCACCGCUGCCUGGUGGCCGGGGAGGACCUGGUGCUGGCCUGCAAGCUGUCGCGGCCCGAUGCCGCCGUGCGCUGGCUGCGGGACGGCCAGGAGGUGCAGCCCAGCGAGCGGCUCCGCGUGCAGGCACGGGGGGCUCUCCGGGAGCUCACCAUCCUCGGGGCGCAGCCGGGCGACUCAGGCUGCUACGUCUGCGACGCUGCCAGUGACCGCAUGGUGACGAGCGUGGAGGUGUCAGCCCAGCCCGUGCGCAUCGUGAACAAGGAGGAGGCCCGGAGCCCCGUGGAGGUGCAGGAGGGGGACAGCGUGACGCUGGUGGCCCGGCUGUGCCCGGAGGGGGCGGCCGCGCAGUGGCGCAAGGACGGGCGGCCGCUGCGCUCGGGCGGGCGGCUGCUGGUGUGCAGCGAGGGCGCCGCGCGCAGCCUCACCAUCAGGCAGGCGGAGCUGGGCGACGGCGGGCGCUUCCUCUGCGACGCGGGCGACGACGAGGUGCACUUCACGCUGCGCGUGACAGAGGCGCCCGUGCUCUUCGUGAACAAGCAGGAGCAGCCGGAGAAGCUGCUGGUGCUGGAGGGCAGCAGCGCGGUGCUCUCUGCCGUGGUGUCCAAGGAGGCGGCGCCCGUCAGCUGGCUGGGCCCGCGGCAGCCCGUGGAGGCCGGCGAGCGCUGCGAGCUGCGGCGCGAGGGCCGCGUGCACAGCCUGGUGCUGAGCAACGUGGGCAAGGAGGACGCCGGCCUCUACACCUGCCGCUCCCGCCACGACCACAUGCAGUUCGAUGUGCGCGUCAAGGAGCUGCUGGUGAAGUUCCUGCGGGGCCUGGCGGACGUGCACGCGCACGAGGGCGAGACGGUGGUGCUGUGGUGCGAGCUGUGCAAGGCCAAGGGCGACGUGGUGUGGCUGAAGGACGGGCGCCGGCUGAGCCCCGCGGCGCGGCGGCAGAUCAAGGCGGAGGGCCGAGAGCGCUCGCUGGUGCUGAGCAACGUGGGGCCCCAGGACGCCGGCGAAUACUGCUGCGAGUCUAACGACGACCGGACGCUGGCGACGCUGACGGUGCAGGUCCCUAGGGUGGUGGAGAUCAUUGCGGAGCUGCACAACCUCACGGUGCUGGAGGGGGAGGACGCCACCUUCAAGUGCGUGGUGUCCCCCGAAGACGUGGCCUUGACGUGGCAGCUCAACGGCCAGGCUGUGGCCCCCUGCGAGCGGCUGCUGGUGGCGAGGACAGGGCUGUGUCACAGCCUCACCAUCCGGCAGUGCCAGCUGGCUGACGCGGCCACCGUGACGGCCAACGCGGAGGGGCUGGUGAGCACGGCCCGGCUCAGCGUGCAAGAGGCGCAGGUGAUGUUCGUGCGGCGGCUGCAGGACGUGGCCGCGGAGGAGCAGCAGGACGCGUGCCUGGAGGUGGAGGUGAGCCACGAGGCCGCCGAGGUGCAGUGGUUGAAGCAGGGCGUCCUCCUGCAGCCCGGCGGCAAGUACGAGCUGCGCGAGUCGGGGCGCCGGCGCACGCUCACCAUCCGCAGCCUCAGCCCCGCCGACCGCGGUACCUACCGCUGCGAGACACUGCACGACCGCACGCAGGCCAAGCUGUGCGUGGAGCCGCGCAAGGUGUCGAUCCAGACCCCACUAGCAGAUGUGGAGACCUUUGAGAAGGAGACAGCCACCUUCCACCUGGAGCUGUCGCACGCCGACGUGCCGGGCGUCUGGACACGAGAUGGCAUCCGGGUGAAGCCGAGCGGCACGUGCCGGAUCAGCGCGGCCGGCCGUGCGCACAGCCUCACGCUGCAGCGGCUCACGCUGGAGGACUCGGGCACUGUGGCCUUCAGCACCAACAGCCUGCGCUGCAGCGCCCGCCUGCUCGUGCGGGAGCCACCAGUCACUAUAGUGAAGGCUCCGCAGGACCUUGGGGUGCUGGAGACGGGCACUGCCACCUUCGAGUGCGAGCUGUCUCGCCCCGGCGCCGAGGUGAAGUGGUGCAAGGACGGGGUGGAGCUGCGGCCCGGGCCCCGCUGCCGCAUCUACUCGGCGGGCCGGCGGCGGCUGCUGCAGCUCAGCGCCUGCGAGCUGGCUGAUGCCGGCGUCUACACCUGCAACGCGGGCGACUGCCAGGCCUCGGCCACCCUGCGUGUCCACGAGCGCCAGGUCUGCAUCGUGCAGGAGCUGCAGGACGCCUGCGUGCAGGAGAACGACAACGCCGUCUUCACGUGCGAGGCGUCGCACGGGGACGUCAAGGGCGAGUGGUUCCGGGACGGCGAGAAAAUCAAGGUCACCAGCACGGUGAAGAUACGGCAAGAAGGGACCAAGCACUUCCUGCUCCUCUGCGGCGUGCGCCCCGAGGACGCAGGGCUCAUCCGCUUCGAGGCCAAGGCGGCCGUCUCGGAGGCCAGGCUGCGGGUGGAAGCACUGCCCAUCCGCAUUGUGAAGCCGCUGCGGGACAAGACGGUGCUGGCGCGGCACAAGGCCACGCUGGAGUGCACCGUGUCGCACGCCCGCGGCCGCGUGCGCUGGUUCCGCGGGGACACUGAGAUCUUCGCCGGGGACAAGUACGAGAUCUGCAACCUGGACUGCUACCGCACACUCAUCAUCCACCACGUGGGCCCCGAGGACGAGGACACGUACACGUGCGACGCCCUGGACGACCGCUCCAGCGCGCGCCUCCUCGUGGAGGCCGAGGGCGUGCAGGUGCUGCGCGGGCUGCGCAGCGUGGAGGUGGUGGCGCCGGGCGAGGCCCGCUUCGAGUGCGAGGUGUCGGGCGCGCUGCCCCGCGCGCCCCAGUGGAGCCUCAACGGCGAGGAGCUGCGGGCCGGCGCGCACGUGAGCAUGGAGAGCCAGGGCCGCGUGCACCGGCUGACGCUGCACGCCACGGCCGCCGGCAUGAGCGGCGUGGUCAGGGUGUGCCUCGGGCCGGCGCGCUCCAAGGCGCAGCUCACCGUGCGAGGGAGCUAG